AUGGGAGAGAAAAGAGUGCUGUGCGACUUCUUUGAAGGGGAGAACCUUACCAGUUCCAGGGAGAAGAGCUUUGAAGGUGGUUUGAAGACGUUUUGGACACAAUUAGGAGGUAGAAGAGUGGAUGUCAUAUUUGAGCAGAUGCAAAAUGUGCUGCUGUUGCUAAAGGAAAAGAUCAAGAAUGGAACUGCCACAAACCAAGUAAGUGAUGAGUCUGAUGGAGAUGACGUACAGGAAACCAAACCCAAAUUGCAUCUUCAUCCAGAUGACAAUGCUGCAAAUGCUGUAAAAGGUUCUGGCAGCAAAAAAGAGGAGAUGAAAAUAACGUGUUCAGAGACUAAAGAGGCAUCUAGCAAAAUGCAAGAUUUAAGCCUUCGGUAUCAGAACCACAAGUGCUCUAGUGCAUGUCUUGCCAACAGAGCAGCAGUCUCCUUCAAGGGGGAGAAUCCUCUGAAGAUCCCAAUCCUGUUUGACUUUCAAAGACGCCAUGCGAAGGCAGGUUGCCUCUCCAAGUCUCUGGAUGUGAAUUACAAGGCUCCUUGUGGCCGAAGCCUGAGAAGCUUUCAAGAUGUGCAAAAUUAUUUGUUUGAAACAGAGUGCAACUUCUUAUUCGUUGAUCACUUUUCCUUCAACACCUACGUACUGUUGGGCAGGAAUACCAUAACGCCCAAACCGCUCGUGUUUGAUUUUGAUAUUAGCAACGGAGCCGAGUCUGUGCCUGUCUCCUUCUGUAACAAUCUUGACCACGCCAGGUUACCUUAUUUCAAAUAUCGGAAGUCAUCGUGGCCACGUGGAUAUUAUCUCAACAAUUUCUCCAGCCUGUUUGUUGACUCCUGUAACUGCACAGAUGGCUGCAUUGAUAGGUCAAAAUGUGCAUGCUUGCAGCUAACUGCAAGAGGCUGUAAUAAAAUUUCUCAAUCUCCAGAUAGUAAAAGGUCCCAUGGAUACCAUUACAAAAGACUGGAGGGACCUGUUCCUAGUGGAAUUUAUGAGUGUAGUGUGUUAUGCAGGUGUGACAAGUUGAAGUGUCAGAACAGAGUUGUACAGCAUGGCAUUCAAGUCAGGCUGCAGGUGUUCAACACAGAGAAGAAAGGCUGGGGCGUCCGCUGCCUAGAUGAUAUCGACAAGGGGACGUUUGUUUGUACUUACUCAGGUAGAUUAAUGAGCAGAGCUGAAGUAUUGGAAACUGCUGGUCAAGAGCAGAAGGAGAAGAGUCCUGUGAAUGACAGAGGCCAUGCCUUUUUUUCCAAAAAAAGAAAACUUGACACUGAAUGUUCAGAUUCAGUGAUUGAGCUAGUGCAGAGUGGCAGAAAUGACAUUCUUGAGAAUCAGCAAUGUUUGUCUCAGACUGCAAAUAGUGAAAAUAAAUCGACUCAGGUUCAUCCAAGGAACUUCAGUAUUGCAACCGCAAGAAAGCCUGGAGCUAGAACACUUGUCUUUCAUAAUCACCAGCAAAAAAUGGUGCACAGUGCCAGCUCAGAUGAAGAUAAUAGUUCUCAGAGUCAUCAGUCAAGCAAAACAAAACUAACCAGUGGAACAAAGAAAGGAACAGAAAAAUCCACCCAGCAGCAGAAGGAAGAACAUGCAGUGGAAGUUGGACAGACUGGCUCUGCUAGUGUGGACAGUGCAGAACGUGGAAGAAAGAGUCUGUCACUGCACAGUGUUGAUUGUGGCAAGUCAGGUGUGCUGGAUGACACAUCUGUUGUGAGGCCAUCCAACAAUAUAUCCCUGAAAGCUGACUGCAAAGAGGAAAAUAGCAGGCAGUCAGAGCAAGAUGCAUUUUGUGAGGAGGCUGAUGGUGAUAGGAUGCCUCUGAAGAAUGCUAAUGAAGAAAAUAUUUAUGUACUGGAUGCUACAAAAGAAGGCAAUGUGGGUCGCUUUCUUAAUCACAGCUGCUGCCCAAAUCUCUUUCCACAAAGUGUGUUUGUAGAGACUCACAACAGAAGUUUCCCAUGGGUGGCAUUCUUCACAAAAAGACUUGUGAAAGCUGGAGCUGAACUCACAUGGGAUUAUGGUUAUGAAGCUGGAAGCAUGCCAGAGAUGGAGAUUUCCUGUCAGUGUGGAGUUCAGAAGUGCAGGAAAAAAACCUUAUAG